AUGAUCGAUUUUUGUAAUUUCAGUGGCCUGGGGCUCGAGCGUCUGAUACUCCAUCAUUUGCUACUGUACUCCGAUCCCGAAUUAUUGGUUUUUGUGAUAAAUACAACGCCGCAAGAUGAUGCUUUUUUCUUAUCGCGUCUGCGCAGCAGUAAAACAAAAUGUCCGCCGAAAAUCAUCACAGCGGAUUGCUCCAUCAAAGAUCGGCUGCUUACUGGAUUCCAAGAAUCUUUCAUCUUACGUUUAUAUCGCGAAAAGAAAGCUGACGGUUUCGUUAAAGCAUUCAGCGAUAAUCCUGGAGCGUUAUCGGGCAUGGGGCUGUUACAGCGACUUGUCAAUCGUUUAUAUGUUCGAAGAGUCCGGCUUCUACCGAGGUUUGAUGUGGAUGUGAAGAGGAUAUUGGAUUCAUGUUCCCCACAUAUGAUCGAAAUCUCACCCGAUCUACCGCAUUCGCUGCGAAGAGUUCAGUCACUUUUGGUUGAUAUCAUACGAACAUGCGUUCGGGAACUAAAACAGACGACAUCUUCAACAGAUGUAAGUUCUAACUAUUGCAAAUCCGCGUUGUCUUUUUAUGCCCCCAUUUAUCUCAAAAACUGCUUUCAUUUGUUGAUCCGUGAGCUGAUUCAGAUUAAGAGGGAGUAG